AUGGCGGAAGAAGUAGCUCGCUCGCGACAGUAUGCGUAUCAACAGAAUUCCAACCUCGUACUACAGGCCGACAGUGAAUCAAGACGACGACCUGAUGAACCCACGGGUGAAGUGGAAUCUCUGGCUGGGAAGAUCACGUAUCGCAUGGGCGACAGGGCGCAGAAGGCAACACCACAGAACAGCCACAAACGUCAUGGAGAGAGGGACAGAGACGAGCCACAUACCAGGCCAAAGAAAAAGAACAGACGGGGUGACGGCGACGACGUCACUACGGGUAGCGAUGGUGUCUUUUUUAUGGCCACGGGUGGGCUAGCAGCUGUGAAAAGUAAUAUUCUAAAAGAGAGUUCGGCAUACGAAUCGGCUACGUAUCGACCUCGGAAUGCUACGAGUUUAGAUGCUUAUGAGCAAAUCUUGGGUGUGGUGGCCCAGCAAUUGGGAUCCCAACCAGGAGAGAUCUUGGCUGGUGCAGCUGAAGAAGUAGUGGCCAUUCUAAAGAAUGACACGUACCGAGAUGAUGAGAAAUAUCACGAAGUACGGAAACUACUAAAGAGCAUAUCAACCCAUACUUUUAGUCAAGUGGUGACAGCAGGGAAGAAGAUUACGGACUUUUACAUGGAAAAUGGAGAGAAGAAAAGAGACGAAGAGGGACAAGAAUCGACGGUACUGGAGAGUGAUGAAGAAGUGGACAAGGAAAUGGGCGUGGCUGUAGUUUUUGAUGAAGAAGAUGAAGAGGAAGAGUCGGAUUUGGAUGAAGUGAGGGACGAAGAAGAAGAUGAGGAAAAAGAUAUUGAAAAGGACAAUGAGAAGGAAAAAAAUGCUACUGCUGGACGGGAAGCAAUGAAGAUGAAGGAUGGAUACGAUGAUGAAGACGACGGAGAUGCCAAGUAUAGACUGGACGUGCAUGCGAUCGAUGCAUUUUGGCUCCAGCGUGAGCUGUCGAAGUUUUACAAGGAUGCUGAGAUCAGUGCCAAGCUUGCAGAAGAAGUGCUGAGUAUAUUAAAAAAAGUGGGAAGUGAUCUCAGUGCUUGUGAAAACAAACUUGUGCUGCUGUUGGAUUACGACAAGUUUGACUUUAUCAAGCUAUUAUUGGAGAACCGAGCAAAGGUACUGUAUUGUACAAGGCUGAAACAGGCUCAAAAUGAUGAAGAGCGACGCAGUAUUGAAGAGGAGAUGGUUGACGAUGAGACACUAGAUGACGGCGAAGGAAAUGCUAUAUUGGACCAGCUACGCACGACGGCAUCGGCCGACUCGUGGAUGCAGGAUCGUAUCGGCGCUAUGGAGACUACGUCCCGUGCAGAGGCCAACAAGCUGCGCAAAUUGCAACAGAAUUCUGGUGGGCAGCGCACGCUAGCGCGUGGCGAAGAGUCAGAUGAUGAUGUUGACAUGGAGAACGGCAGUAGCGACGCCGUCAAGGAAGAAGGUGGAGAUCCUUUGAAGAAGAAGCCACAGCAUUACGUAGAUGUUGAGUCAUUAGCGUUCCAGGAAGGUGGUCACUUGAUGAGCAACCGUGAGUGUCGCCUACCGGAAGGCACGUGGCGUGCACAAAAGAAGGGAUACGAAGAGGUCCACGUUCCUGCCGUUCGCACGAAGAUGGCCGUGGCUGAAGAAAAAGCGCGGAUCAAGAUCUCGACGCUGCCAAAGUGGGCACAGGGCGCUUUUAAUGGCAUGGAGUCGUUGAACCGAGUGCAGUCAAAAAUGUUUUCCGCGGCCUUUGAAACGAGUGAGAAUUUGCUAUUGUGUGCGCCCACAGGUGCAGGUAAGACGAAUGUUGCAAUGCUGACGAUUUUGCAUGAGGUCAUGAAGGCUCAAGAUCCCGAGACUGGCAAAAUAGAUCUAAAUUCGUUCAAGAUUGUGUACGUGGCUCCGAUGAAGGCUCUCGUGCAAGAAGUUGUGCUUAAUCUUUCCGCAAGAUUAUCGAGUGCUUACGAUAUUCAAGUGCGAGAGUUAUCAGGCGAUCAGAACUUAUCCCGAGAGCAAUUGUUUAACACACAAAUCAUUGUCACGACACCAGAAAAAUGGGAUAUCAUCACGCGAAAGUCUGGAGAUGAUCGCACGUACACUCAGCUUGUGCGUUUGGUAAUCAUUGAUGAAAUCCACUUGCUGCACGACACGCGUGGUCCAGUGUUGGAGGCUUUGGUUGCCCGUACGAUCCGCAAUGUGGAAGCAACACAACAGAUGGUGCGACUAGUUGGCCUCUCCGCCACACUUCCAAACUAUGAGGACGUAGCAGCGUUUCUUCGUGUCGAUCCUGCGCAAGGGUUGUUCUACUUCGAUUCCAGUUACCGCCCUGUGCCGCUUCAGCAGCAGUAUAUUGGUAUUAUGGAAAAGAAAGCAGUCAAGCGCUUUGCAUUGAUGAAUGAAAUAUGCUACGAAAAGGUGAUGGAGCAGGCAGAGUUGGACAAUCAGGUCCUUAUUUUUGUGCAUUCGCGAAAGGAAACUGCCUCGACAGCAAAGGCGCUGCGGGACUUGUUUGUGGAGAAUGAUACACUUACCCGUUUAAUUAAACCGAAUUCUGCCUCUAGCGAGGUACUUUUACAGGAAGCCGAAAAGAUUGAGCGCAAUGAUGAUUUGAAGGAUCUUCUUCCAUACGGGUUUGGUAUCCACCACGCUGGUAUGAAGCGACAAGACCGUACAUUAGUGGAAAACGCAUUUGCUGACGGUCACUUAAAGGUGCUGGUCAGUACGUCGACGUUGGCGUGGGGAGUCAAUCUGCCGGCUCAUACGGUGAUAAUCAAAGGCACUCAGAUCUACAAUGCAGAAAAGGGCGACUGGUGUGAACUGAGUCCACUAGACAUUUUGCAAAUGUUGGGUCGUGCCGGUCGAGUGCAGUUCGACACACAAGGCGAGGGUAUCAUUAUCACACAGCACUCACAAUUGACCUACUACUUAUCGUUGAUGAACCAGCAACUCCCGGUGGAGUCACAACUCAUGGGGAAGCUGGCUGAUAAUUUGAAUGCUGAAAUUGUAGUAGGUAGUGUGCAGAACGUGGCACAAGCUGCGACUUGGCUAGGUUAUACAUAUUUAUUUAUCCGCAUGCUGCGUAACCCGACAUUAUAUGGCAUCUCCGUGGCUGACCGCAAGGCAGACCCGACACUGCUGCAGUACCGCACAGACUUGGCGCAUUCGGCCGCGACUCUAUUGGUGAAGCACAACCUGAUUAAGUACGAGCGGCGCUCGGGAUUGUUCCAGGUGACUGCGCUCGGUCGUGUUGCUAGUCAUUACUACAUUGCUCACGACUCGAUCAGCACGUACAACGAGUACUUGAAACCUCACAUGUCGGACAUUGAGAUUUUGCGGCUGUUUUCUCUGUCAAACGAGUUCAAAUAUGUGAUCGUUCGUUCAGAGGAGAAGCUGGAGCUGGUGAAGCUUUUGGAACGUGUGCCCGUUCCGGUGAAGGAGUCCUUGGUAUCUUCAGCUCCUGGCAGUGUUACAGCUGGAAGUGGCUCUGCGAAGGUGAACGUGUUGCUGCAAGCUUACAUUUCGCGACUGAGAUUAGACGGGUUUGCACUUUUGGCAGACAUGGCGCACAUUCAUCAAUCUGCAGCACGUAUUUUUCGAGCACUUUUCGAGAUUUGCUUGACACGAGGCUGGGCGUCGCUGGCUGAGCGAAUGCUUAGUUUCUGCAAGAUGGUUGACAAGCGCAUGUGGCUCUCACACUCGCCUCUUCGUCAGUUUGCCCCUGGAUUGUCGGAGACCAUUUUGAAGCGGAUUGAGAAGAAAGACAUAUCGUGGGAGAAGUAUAACGACCUGGAACCUGCUGAUCUCGGUCAACUCAUUAACAACCCACACUAUGGCAAACAGCUUUACAAAAUGAUCCAUCAGUUCCCAAAGCUUGAACUCUCGGCUCAUGUGCAGCCAAUUACUCGCUCUAUGCUGAAGGUGGAUUUAGUGGUGACGCCUGAUUUCGAGUUCACAAGGGAAGUGCACGGGAAUGCUGAGGGUUUUUGGGUGUUUGUAGAGGAUGUGGAUGGCGAGACGAUCCUUCACCACGAAUGGCUGCUGAUCAAACGUCGCUUUGCCUCACAAGACACGUAUCUUACUUUUACGAUGCCGUUAUUCGAGCCUUUUGCGCCACUGUACUAUAUUAAGGUCAUUUCAGACAAGUGGAUUCAUUGCGAAAGCUCGUUGCCGGUGUCAUUUCACAAGCUUAUUCUGCCCCAGAAGAAUGCUCCUCCAACUGAAUUGCUGGACCUCCAACCACUUUUCGUUAAUAACGUUCUUCUGAAGCUUGCAGGUGGCAAGAAAAAGACUGCAGAGUCUGUUUUUAAGUCUUUAACGAACGCCCGUCAAGUUCCAAACCCAUGGCGGUUCAAGCGUUUUAAUCCUAUUCAAACGCAGGUUUUGCCUCGCUUGCUGGAGUCAGAGAGCAAUCUCUUUAUUGGGUCACCUCCGGGAAGUGGCAAGGGCGUUUUAGCGGAGCUUGCUGUUAUGAAGACACUGUUUUCUCUCAACCAGCCUGAUCAGAAGAGUGACGAGUUUGGCGAACACUUGAUUGUGUAUUUGACUCCAAAGGAGUCGAGUUGCCAUGAAAAGUAUGAUGACUGGAAUACCAAGUUUGGCGAGGAAAGCUUUUGGCGGCAAAACGUGGUGGAGCUCUCCGGUGACUCGACUGCAGACCUGCGAUUACUUGCUAGCGCGAACAUCCUAAUUGCAACACCAAUGCAGUGGGAUGUGCUUUCCCGACGCUGGAAACAACGCAAACGCAUCCAGAAUGUAAGCUUGUUGCUGUUGGACGAGUCUCAUUUUGUGGGUGGCGGCGAAUACGGUCCUACGAUUGAAGUUGUGAUGUCGCGAAUGCGAUUUAUUGCUGCUGACAUGGAUAAGAAAAAGAAAGCAGCCGGUGAGCGGGGUGGGCGAAUGCGUAUCUUGGCUAUGAGUAACUCCAUAGCAAAUGCUCGUGAUGUGGGUGAGUGGCUCGGCGCUAGUGCGUCGGAAGGCAUUUAUAACUUUCACCCCAAUGUUCGCCCACAGCCGUUGGAGAUUCGAGUACAGGGCUUCGAGAUUAACGAUUUUUCGUCUCGCAUGCUAGCGAUGGCCAAACCUCUGUACAAUACUGUUGCAAAUCAAGCGGAGAAGAAGCCUGUUGUAGUGUUUGUACCGUCAGCGAAGCAGGCACAGUUGAGUGCGAUUGAUUUGGUCACCUUUUCUCUGGCUGAAAACGACCCGCAGAAGUUUGUAUCUCAUUCACCAAAGGACAAAGUGAACUUGCCCCUGGAAGAUGGUGCGUUGCUGCACACAAUGGAAAACGGCGUGGGAUAUUGCACAAAUCUAAUGGCAUCACGAAAUCGGGAGUAUGUGCUGAACCGGUUUGCAACUGGCAAAAUCCAGGUGUUGAUCGUCCCGCAGUCGAUGGCGUGGGAGCUGCGAAGUGCUCAGAUCAAUGCGUUCAUGGUUGUUAUUAUGGGCGUGCAGUUCUAUGACGGUCGAGAACACCGUUAUGUGGACUACCAGCUCGCUGACGUAUUUCAGAUGACUAAAUUUGCCAACCACGCUGCUUCUCCUGCUGUAAAAUGUGUACUUUUCUGUCAUGCGUCUAAGAAAAAGUUCUACGCCAAAUUCCUAUACGAUCCCCUUCCCGCGGAAUCGCAACUGGAGCACUUUCUGAGUGACCACAUCAACGCUGAGAUCGUGACGAAGACAAUUGAGAGCAAACAGGACGCGGUGGACUACCUCACGUGGACCUUUAUGUAUCGUCGGUUCAUGAAGAAUCCUAACUACUACAAUUUACAUGGCUCUACCAAUGUCCACCUGUCAGAUCACUUAUCGGAACUUGUGGAAACCACAGUCAAUGCACUCGAGGAGUCCCGCUGCAUCCAAAUUGUAGAGGAAGAGGAGGGUGAAGAAAACGAGGGUGAGGAACAUCUUGUACCCCUUAACCUCGGUAUGAUUGCAGCAUACUACUACAUCAAGUAUACGACGAUCGAGCUGUUUGCAUGCAGCCUGAAAGCAGAUUCGAAGGUGCGCGCGCUUUUGACUAUUCUGUCAUCUGCAACGGAGUUUAGUGACCUGCCAAGCCGGUAUGGCGAAGACAAGAAACUGGAGGGUCUCGCUAAGCACCUUAAUUUUCCCGUGGCAGCCGGAGGGGAUUACGGACAGGCCCAUGUGAAAGCGAACGUGCUAUUGCAGGCUCACUUCAGCAAGCAACACGACCGUCUAAGUCCAGCGUUGCGCCAGGAUCUGGACUUUAUUCUGCGCCACGCUGUGCGUCUCCUGCACGCGAUGGUGGACGUUAUCAGUUCCAACGGAUGGCUCAAGCCUGCGCUAGCGGCCAUGGACCUUGCGCAGAUGGUUGUGCAGGCACAAUGGAGUCAUGAUUCACCAUUACUUCAGAUUCCAUUCUUCACUCGGGAUAUGCUGAAGAAACUGGGAGAGAUGGAACUGGAAGAGGAGGUGGAGACACCCGUGGAUAUUCUGAGUAUGGACGAUGAUGCUCGCAGCAAGCUUUUGCCUCUAGACACACAAAAGAUGUCGGCAGUUGCCAAGUUCUGUAAUGCUUACCCGGAUGUGACAGUGCAGACGACGAUCCAGCAGGAUGGCAAAAAUCUGCCGCAGAGCUCUACCGUUAGCGUAAAGGUGCAGCUCGAGCGUGAAGGUGCUGACGAGGACGAUGAAGAAGUGGACGAGUCAAGGGGGCUAGGCCUCGUGAAUGCGUGCCACUACCCUGCAAAGAAAGCCGAGAACUGGUGGGUGGUGCUGGGUGAUUCGAAGAAGAAUACACUAGUGAGCAUUAAGCGAGUGCCUUUUGCAAGUGCGCAAGCCAACGUGGCGUUGCAGUUUACUGCUCCGGACGAAAUUGGUGAUCACACCUUCCAGCUUUACGUGAUCUGCGAUGGCUACGCCGGCUGUGACCUUGAGAAUGAGGUCAAGAUUACAGUUGUCGAGGGCGAGAACACAGAUGAAGAAGAAGAGGACGAAGACGAGGAAUAG